GACGACACGAGACGACGAGGCUGGCUCGCUCCCUCGCUCGCUCGCUCCCCUCCUUCACUCACUCAUUCGAUUCAACGUAACAUCAUCUCUUCCUGAGUGAGUCGAAGGUCUUCCGCUUUUCCUUCACUUUCCCAUCUCUCGUCGGCCUCGUCAUCAUGGCGGACUCCCAGGCCAUGAUGGCCGACAUCCAGACGCGCAUCCAGAAGCAGCGCCAGAUGAUUAAGGGCUUUCAAGCCAUGCGCUCAGCAUCGGCUAACCCAGAGGUGCAGAGACAAGCAGAGUCCAAUAUACGAGACGCUCAGCGCAAUGUCUCGUACCUCGAGGAGAGCCUGCAGGCCUUGAUGGAUCGUGGGGGUAGAGGAAGUGGUGGUGGUGGCGUCGGCGGAGGAGUAGGAGCAGGCGCAGGCCAAGGAGGUAUACCAUCUUCAUCAUCCAGAGGCGGCUACGAUACCCCGACUGGCAGCUUGGCGUCACAGAGCCAUACCGGCUCAACAACAUCAUUUGGCCCCUCGACACCGGGCAGCGAAAGGGGUAGCACUGCAUCAGGACCCUCGUCGGCUGGCAUGCGACCGGGCUAUCCGCUCGAUGCCUCAUCAGCAUAUCGCGGUGGUGGGCCUCAGGAUCGGCCACUGCCGCCCGCACCUGGGUCGGCAGGGUCAGAUGGAUACGGUGGUGGACGCAUGUCCUACUCACCAGGGGGAGCAGCGCCAGCUGGAUAUCCGCAGCGUCCACCACAACAGCAAGACGGAGGAGGGCAAUGGAUGCCUGCGCCAGUGGCAAGGGCAGGAACAUCAGCGAGGAGAAACUUUACCAAUCUUGAUCUCAUCAAGUACGAGACUCCUCUCACUACCGCAAAGAUUUCACGCAUGCUUCAUCAGCUCGAGUUCAAGCUCCAGAUCGAACGACAAUACAAAAUGGGCAUCGACAAGAUGGCCGCUCUCUACCAGGCGGAGGGCGACCGCAAGAGCAAGAAGGACGCAGAGAGCAAACGCGUCGAGUCUGAGGCCAAGAUCAUGCUACUCCAGAACGCUUUGAAGCGCUACAAGCAGCUUCACGUCAUGGAUGACGAUGGCGAAGACGACCAGCAAGGCUCGACCGCCGACGAGCGACGCCAGAACCUGCGUAAGCCCCUUUCGGGUACGCUCCAAGUCUCGGUCAAGGCGACUCGAGAUCUGGAGCAUGCUCCCACGCAGCGAUACGGCCGAGGCAACACGCGCGAGUCCACUGUUGUCAUCAAAGUCGAGGACACGCCUCGAGCUCGAACACACCCCUCACGCACGGAUCGCUGGCAGGAGGACUUUGAGCUGGCAGUCGACAACGCCAAUGAGAUCGAGGUGACCGUCUACGACAAGGUUGGCAGCGGCUACCCGGUGCCCAUCGGUAUGCUCUGGAUCCGCAUCUCAGACAUUGUCGAGGAAUUGCGAAAAAAGAAAUUUGGUCAGACGGGUGGUGGGCCGAGUGAGGCAGGAUCAGUGGCUCCGUCGGGGUGGGUGACGGCAGACGAUGUGCAGGCAGGUCAAGGCGGAUCUGGUGGCUACCCUAGCUCAAGCGCGGCAGACUACUCUCUCAACCAGCCUGCUGGGACUCCUGUCCCGAAUGGCCCCACGACGGACGGAGUCGAGGCGUGGUUUGCUGUCGAGCCAGCAGGCGCCGUCUUCCUCCGCGUCAAUUUCGUCAAGCAGAAUGUCCGCAAGCGCCCGUACGACGCUCGUCUCGGCCGUCAAGGCGCCUUCCGAAAGAAAAAGGAGGACGUUGCCGAGAUCAAUGGACACAAGUUCGUCUCGCGCCAGUUCUACCAGAUCAUCCGUUGCGCCCUCUGCGGCGAGCUGCUACUCAAUGCUGCGGGCAGCCAGUGCGAGGACUGUCGUUACACCUGUCACAAGAAGUGCGCUCAGAAGGUCGUCACAAAGUGCAUCAGCAAGAGCAAUGCCGAGGCAGAUCGUGACGAGGUCAAGAUCAACCACCGAAUCCCUCACCGCUUCGAGCCCAUCACGAACAUUGGGGCCAACUGGUGCUGCCACUGCGGCUUCAUCUUGCCGCUUGGCCGCAAGAAUGCGAGGAAGUGCUCGGAGUGCGACAUUACCUGCCACUCGGAUUGCGCUCAUCUUGUGCCAGACUUCUGCGGCAUGAGUAUGGAGAUGGCCAACCAACUGCUUAGUGACAUCGAGACGAUCAACCGCGUCAAGCAUUCGGCCAAGCAGCAGCAAGCCUUCCAGCAGCAGGCCCCGUCUCAGCAGCAGCAGCAGCAGCAGCAGGCUAUGCUGCCUCCUCGUCAGCAGCAGAUGCCGCCUCAGCUUCCUCUACCAGGCUUCCAGCAGCCACAGCAGCAGCAGGGGCGCAACGAUGCCGGCAGAUACGAUGGCGGAAUGAGCGCUCUCGACUCGCAGGCGAGUCAGAUGAGUCUUAAUGAUGGCCGAGGACCGUACCCAGGGCGACCUCAGCCACCGCAGCGACCUGAUAGUGCAUCGUACGGAAGCAGCGACGGUCAAGACUACGGCGCACGACCAGGAGCUGCGGAUGGGCAGAAACCACCUCGCCCUCUGCCCCAGCAUCCUCCCCAGCAACAGCAGCAGCAGCAAGCCCGCCCCCCGCCAGCCAGUGCACCGCAGCUACCUCCUUUGGGCUAUUCUCAGCAGCAGCAGCAACAGCAGAGUCAGCAGUCUCCCGCGCCUGUUUCUGCCCCCUCACUCCCUACCUCCAUAUCUGCAGGCCAAGUGGCCGGCAACGUCGCCCCGCCUGCCGCCGCUUCGCAGCAGCAGCAGCAGCAGCAGCGACCGCAGCCAGGUCGCGAAGUCGUCUCCUCACGCCGCAAAGUCGGGCUCAACGACUUCAACUUCCUUGCCGUUCUCGGCAAGGGUAACUUUGGUAAAGUCAUGCUCGCUGAAGAGAAGCGGUCCGCCAACCUGUACGCGAUCAAGGUUCUCAAGAAGGAGUUCAUUAUUGAGAACGACGAAGUCGAGAGCACCAAGUCGGAGAAGCGCGUCUUCCUCGCUGCGGCUCGUGAGCGCCACCCGUUCUUGUUGGGCUUGCACUCCUGCUUCCAGACGGAGACGCGCGUUUACUUCGUCAUGGAGUACGUGAGCGGCGGUGACUUGAUGCUGCACAUCCAGCGCGAGCAAUUUUCGCCCAAGCGUGCCAAAUUCUACGCCGCAGAGGUGCUUCUGGCGCUCGAGUACUUCCACAAGCAGGGCAUCAUCUACCGCGACUUGAAGCUGGACAACAUCUUGCUCACGCUCGACGGCCACGUCAAGGUCGCAGACUACGGGCUUUGCAAAGAGGGCAUGUGGUAUGGCUCGACAACGAAUACCUUCUGUGGUACGCCCGAGUUCAUGGCACCCGAGAUCUUGAUGGAGCGAGCGUACGACCGCUCGGUGGACUGGUGGGCCUUUGGUAUCCUUAUCUACGAGAUGCUUCUCGGCCAAGCGCCCUUCCGUGGAGACGACGAGGACGAAAUCUUCGAUGCUAUCCUCGAGGACGAGCCGCUGUACCCCAUCCAUAUGCCGGCGGACUCCGUAUCCAUCUUGCACCGUCUGCUCACUCGCGACCCGUCGAAGCGAUUGGGAUCAGGUGAGACGGACGCCGAGGAGAUCAAGGCACACCCCUUCUUCCGCGAUACCAACUGGGACGACAUGUACCACAAGAGGGUGCCGCCGCCGUUCAGGCCGGUGCUCAAGCACGCUUUGGACGUCAGCUUCUUCGAUCAGGAGUUCACGCAGGAGAAGCCUGCGCUUUCCCCUGUGAAUAGCGUGCUGAGCCCGGCGGAUCAGCAGGAGUUCGCGCAGUUCAGCUGGGUGAGCCCGGCCGUAAUGUAGGCUGCGCGCGCGUACGCAGAAGGGGGUUGAUGGGACUUAUUCGACAGAGGGCGGUAAACCGGUGCUAGCCUAAUGUAGAAUGGGGUCGUAGUGGUAUCCACCCUGGCUCGGUAGCCAUGUAGCUUCGUCAACAUCUACCCUCACCUUCGCUCUCGCUCUCACGCUCUCUCGCUUUCUCGCUCUCACGUUCUCAUUCCCCGUUCUCGCUCUCGAGUGCAACAAUAUCAGGAUCCAUGGAC